AUGAAUACAACGACUAAUAUCGGCGGUUGCAGACCCUUCUUGUUGAACAUUUCUUCUAAUGGAUUGUGGGAAAACCUAAAUUCGCCCGAUGUGAUUUUCAGCUACUCACUCCCUCUCCUGGAGAUUCAGAUAUUUCUUAUAUUCAUUUUCAUCGUCAUGUCUCACAUGUUUCUUAGAUGCAUUGGCAUUUCCCAAAUCGCAUCCCAUUAUAUGGCUGGUUUGAUUUUGGGGCCUCAACUGUUCGAUCUUCUUGAGCAAUCGUCAAAGAAAUUAUCGUUGGACCCGGCGCUGGACGGAAGCGCGGCUUUAAGAGGCAUCUCAGUGUGUGGAAACAUUCUGCUUACAUUCUUAAUGUCAGUUAGAAUCAGCCGUCGAUUGGCAUUCAACAGCGGACCGCUGCCCAUCGUGAUCGGGAUCUUGAUAUUCAUCGUUCCUCUAUUCGGAGGCUUCUGUUUUCGGAACCUCUACACAGACAAUGUAGACCCUCUCUAUAUGCCACCGAAGAAAGUCCUCUCCGAGCGCACUGUGAUCAUCUUUAGCCAAUCCUCGAUUCUCUUGACAACCGUCACUUAUUUCCUGUCAGAGCUCAAGAUCCUUAACUCCGAGCUUGGCCGCCUUGUAUUGUCUUCAUCCAUGAUCAGUGAGGUCCUCGUGGUUUUUUUCAGCGUACUCGGCGAUGCUGCGCGAACGUACAAAAACGUCUCCCCCGUAACAGCCUACCGUGACGUUCUAGCGGUGCUCAUCUUCUCUCUUGUCAUCUUUUUCGUUUUUAGGCCAGCCGUAGAAUGGAUAAUAGAACGCACACCGGAAGGCAAACCUGUCGCGAAUAAGUAUGUACAUGCUGUAGUUUUAUGUGCAAUGGCUUCCGCUGCUUUCUCCUCGUUCUUCAAUAUGAAAUACCUCCUGGGACCAUUCGCGAUUGGCCUUAUCAUACCAGAAGGUCCACCUUUAGGCUCAGCCUUGGAAGCCAAGUAUUAUGAUCUGGCGAUGAACGUGCUUAUACCGAUCUCAAUCGCAUGCACUACGAUGAGAUGUGACGUGAUGAAGAUCAUCUACGAGUUUGAUGACAUCAUGUACAACAUGUUCUUAGUGGUUUUAACGCUCGUUUUGAAACUGGCCGCUGGCGUCGGACCUUGCUUGUACUGCAGGUUACCACUCAAGGACGCCAUUGCCGUCUCUAUCCUCUUGUGCUCCAAGAGCUUCCCCGACAACUUUCUCUACGAAUGCGGAUUCGACGAUUUGUAUAUAUCCCAAGCAACGUUCACGUUCUUGAUCAUUAAUGCGCUACUGAAUUCUGGAAUCGUCCCGGUGGUCUUGCCUAGUUUAUACGAUCCAAAGCGGCAGUACGUUGGUUACCAAAAAAGGAACAUCAUGACUCUGAAACCAAAUUCAGAUCUCCGGAUUCUGACUUGUGUGCACAAACCUGAGAACAUCUCCGGGACCAUUGCAUUCCUCCAAUUAUUGUCCUCGCCGAACCAAGAACUCCCCAUCAUGGUCACAGUCCUCCAACUCGUGAAGGUGGUGGGUAAAAUCAUCCCCGUCCUGAUCUCGCACAACAAGAAUUCAAUACGGCUAAUAGAUAACUCCUACAUCCAUACCGCAAACCUUGCCUUCAGCCAGUUGGAGUCCGUGACAAUGACAAUGUUCACUGCUCUCACGCAUGAGAACCUGAUGCACGACGAUAUCUGCACGCUUGCGUUGGACCAGGCCACGUCCAUGGCUAUUGUCCCGUCUGGGAGGAAAUGGACAAUAGAUGGGGCGUUCGAGUCAGACGACGAGGCCAUAAGGCGUCUUAAGAUGUCGCUACUCAGUCAGGCCCCUUGUUCAGUUGGGAUACUCGUGGACCGUGGACAGUUUUCUCGCAAAGGAACGAGAAGGUACAACACCAAAGUCGGUGUGAUCUUCAUCGGAGGCAAAGAUGAUCGCGAGGCACUCUCGCUGGUGAAGAGGAUGAAAUAUGACCUGAGGAUAAAUGUCACUGUUAUCCGACUCAUCUCAAACCAAGAAGCGGAGUCGACAAAUUGGGAAUAUAUUCUUGAUCACGAGAUCUUAGAGAAUAUGAAGGAUACAGAGGCGACCAAUCUGAUUACAUAUACGGAGGUGACUCUGAACAGUGGUCCUGACGUGGCCACCACAGUCCGAUUGAUCUCCGGGGAAUAUGAUCUUAUAGUAGUCGGGAGAGAUCACGGCGAGGCCACACCGGAUUUCUCAGGACUCACGGAAUGGAUGGAACUCCCGGAAUUAGGUGUCAUUGGAGAUUUACUGGCGGCUAGAGAUCUCAAGUCUACGGCCUCUGUUUUGGUAGUUCAACAGCAACAGUAG